CCGCGGGCUGCGCCGUUGGCGGGCCGGUGCGCAGAGUGCGGGCGCGGGGCGGGGCGGAGCGCGGGGCACUUCCUGCCGCCGCCAUUUUGUCAGCGGACGGCCGGAGGAAGCGGCGGCUGAGGCGCGGCGCGGCCCGCGACUUUUCUUUGGGUAGUAGCUUCAAAAAUGAAGGUCAGAGGGUUCAGCUGGUGAAGAAGUCCCCGACACCUCGAAGGGUCGACUGAUUUAAGAUCCGGUAUCUAAAGGCAUUUGUGCCUGGAGCCACGGAAGAUAGAUGGACAAGCCACGCAACUUCUGACUCUGCAUCAUUUUCUGGGGCAAAGUUAUAUGGCAAUGUAUCCUACAAGGGUGUCUGGUGAGGAAUGCAAUGGGAUCAAUAGCAUGUCUGCGGAGAGCGGCCCCGGGACGAGACUGAGAAACCUGCCGGUGAUGGGGGAUGGACUGGAAGCCACCCAAAUGUCCACGACGCAGGCGCAGGCGCAACCCCAGCAAGGCAGCACAGUCGGCGUCAACCCCCCUCCGCCGGAGACCUCCAACCCCAACAAGCCCAAGCGCCAGACCAACCAGCUGCAGUACCUGCUCAAGGUGGUGCUCAAGACGCUAUGGAAGCACCAGUUUGCGUGGCCUUUCCAGCAGCCCGUGGAUGCUGUCAAGCUGAACCUCCCUGAUUAUUACAAGAUUAUUAAAACUCCUAUGGAUAUGGGAACAAUAAAGAAACGCUUGGAGAAUAACUACUACUGGAACGCUCAAGAAUGUAUCCAGGACUUCAACACGAUGUUUACAAAUUGCUACAUCUACAAUAAGCCAGGAGAUGACAUAGUCUUAAUGGCAGAAGCUCUCGAAAAGCUUUUCCUGCAGAAAAUCUCGGAAAUGACCCAGGAGGAAACGGAAAUCGUUAUAGCCCAGACAAAAGGAAGAGGACGCGCGCGGAAGGAAGCAGUGACAUCCAAGCCAGGAUCAUCGACGGUACAGAAUGCGACCCAGGCGGCGUCCCCGGCGCAGACGCAGGCUCCGCAGCAGAACCUCCAGUCCGCGCAGACGACUCAUUCCUUCCCUUCUGUCACCCCCGACCUUAUCGUCCAGAUGCCAGUAAUGACGAUGGUGCCUCCUCAGCCUCCUGCGCCGCCUCCGCCGGCGCCCCAGGCCCCCGCUCCGCCGGCCCCGGCCCCCCAACCCAUCCAGCCUCACCCUCCCGUCAUCCCCACACCCGCUCAGCCCGUGAAGACGAAAAAAGGAGUGAAGAGGAAAGCGGACACCACGACACCGACGACCAUAGACCCAAUUCAUGAAUCAUCAUCGCUGCCUGCUGAACCCAAGUCCACCAAGCUGGGGCCGCGGAGGGAAAGCAGCCGGCCGGUGAAGCCCCCGAAGAAGGACGUCCCAGAUUCCCAGCAGCACAUGGUGGAGAAGAGUAGCAAAGUCUCCGAGCAGUUAAAAUACUGCAGCGGCAUCAUCAAAGAGAUGUUUGCCAAGAAGCACGCUGCCUACGCCUGGCCCUUCUACAAACCUGUGGAUGUGGAAGCACUGGGACUGCACGACUAUUGCGAUAUCAUUAAACACCCCAUGGAUCUGAGCACGAUCAAAUCUAAACUGGAGAACCGGGAAUACAGAGAUGCUCAGGAAUUUGCAGCCGACGUGCGAUUGAUGUUUUCCAACUGCUACAAAUACAACCCCGCCGAUCACGAGGUGGUGGCGAUGGCACGGAAACUGCAGGACGUAUUUGAGAUGCGCUUCGCGAAGAUGCCAGACGAACCAGAAGAACCUGUGAUUCCAGCCUCUUCUCCCGUGGUGGUGCCACCUCCAACCAAGGUGGCUCCCCCUUCCUCUAGCGAUAGCAGCAGCGAUAGCUCCUCGGACAGCGACAGCUCGUCGGAUGACUCCGAGGAAGAGCGAGCUCAGCGGUUAGCAGAACUCCAGGAGCAGCUUAAAGCAGUGCAUGAACAGCUUGCAGCCCUGUCCCAGCCACAGCAAAACAAACCAAAGAAGAAGGAGAAGGACAAGAAGGAGAAGAAGAAGGAGAAGCACAAAAGGAAGGAAGAACUGGAAGACAGCAAGAAAAGUAAAGCCAAGGAACCGCCACCCAAGAAGGCUAAGAAGAGCAACAGCAACAGCAGUACCUCCAGUAGUAAGAAGGAGCCUGUGACGGUGAAGAACAGCAAGCCCCCUCCAGCCUACGAGUCUGAGGAGGAGGAGAAGUGUAAGCCAAUGUCCUAUGAGGAGAAGAGGCAGCUGAGCCUGGACAUUAACAAACUCCCUGGUGAGAAACUGGGCCGAGUUGUCCAUAUCAUCCAGUCAAGAGAACCCUCGCUUAAAAACUCCAAUCCCGAUGAGAUUGAAAUUGACUUUGAGACAUUGAAACCCUCCACGUUACGGGAGCUGGAGAGAUACGUGACAUCGUGUUUACGGAAGAAGAGGAAACCUCAAGCAGAAAAAGUGGACGUAAUUGCGGGUUCCUCUAAAAUGAAGGGCUUCUCGUCCUCAGAGUCUGAGAGCACCAGCGAGUCGAGCUCCUCCGACAGUGAAGAUUCAGAAACAGAACUGGCACCAAAACUGAAGAAGAAAGGGCAUUCUGGGCGAGAGCAAAAAAAGCAUCACCAUCACCACCAUCCACCGGUGCAGCAGCAGCAGCAGCAGGCGCCGCAGCAGCCCCCGCCGCCGCCGCAGCAGCAGCCCCCGCCGCCGCCACCGCCGCAGCCGCUGCCGCCGCAGCAGCUACAGCCGCAGCAGCCGCCGCCGCCGCCACCCGUCCCUCCACAAGCGCCGCCACCGAUGAAGUCCUCCCCCCCACCUUUCGUACCCGCGCAAGUCCCCGUCAUGGAGCACCCACUCCCAGGGAACAUGUUCGACACUAUGCCACAUUUCACUCAACCCAUCAUGCAUCUUCCCCAGCCGGAGAUGCCGCCCCAUCUUCCCCAGCCACCUGAGCACAGCACUCCUCCCCACCUGAACCAACACGCGGUGGUCUCUCCUCCAGCUUUGCACAACGCUCUGCCUCAGCAGCCCUCGAGACCCAGCAACCGCGCCGCCGCGCUGCCCCCGAAGCCUUCGCGCCCGCCGGCCGUCUCGCCAGCCAUCAGCCAGCAGCCUCUGCUCCCGCAGCCGCCUCUGCCCCAGCCUCCCCAGGUCCUGCUGGAGGACGAGGAGCCGCCCCCGCCUCACCACAGCCUGCCUCUGAGCACCAGCCAGAUGCAGCUCUACCUUCAACAGCUGCAGAAAGUGCAGCCGCAGACUCCUCUUCUCCCUUCAGUGAAGGUCCAGUCGCAGCCCCAGCCUCCCCUGCAGCCUCCGGCGCACCCCGCGGUGCAGCAGCUGCAGCACCAGCCGCAGCAGAGGCCCAUGCACAUGCAGCCCAUGUCCUUCCCUUCCCACAUCCCCCAACCGCAGCCGCCUCCGCAGCAGCAUCCGCCCCCGCAGCCGCCGCCGCCGCCGCCGCAGCCGCCGCAGCCGGCGAAACCUCAGCAAGUCAUCCAGCACCACCCCUCGCCGCGGCACCACAAGCCCGACCCCUACUCGACCGGUCACUUGAGGGAAGCCCCUUCCCCUCUCAUGAUGCAUUCCCCACAGAUGCCGCCGUUCCAGGGCUUGGUCCACCAGUCGCCACCUCAGCAAAAUAUCCAGCCAAAAAAACAGGAGAUGCGAGCCGCCUCCGUCGUGCAGUCGCAGCCGAUGGUGGUGAAGGAGGAGAAGAUGCAUUCGCCGGUCAUCCGCAACGAAACCUUCAGCCCCCCGCUGCGGCAGGACCCUCCGAAACACCCGGAGAGCAUCAAGCCCCCCGCUCACAUCCCGCAAAGAACGGAGAUGAAGCCCAUGGAGGGCGGGCGGCCCGUAAUUAGACCCCCCGAGCAGAACGCGCCGCCGCCGGGGGUGCAGGACAAAGACAGACAGAAGCAGGAACCAAAAACGCCCGUUGCCCCUAAAAAGGACCUGAAAAUCAAGAACAUGGGCUCGUGGGCGAGCUUGGUUCAGAAACACCCCACCACCCCGUCCUCCACGGCCAAGUCGUCCAGCGACAGCUUCGAGCAGUUCAAGAGGGCAGCGCGGGAGAAGGAGGAGCGGGAGAAGGCGCUGAAAGCUCAGGCAGAACAAGUGGAACGGGAGAAGGAGCGGCUGCGGCGGGAGCAGGAGCGGAUGAGGAGCCGCGACGACGAGGACGCCAUGGAGCAGGCUCGCAGGGUGCACGAGGAGGUGCGGAGGCGCCAGGAGCAGCAGCAACAGCAGCAGCAGCAACAACAACAGCAGCAGCAGCAACAGCAGCAGCAACAACAGCAGCAGCAGCAGCAGCAGGUGCCACCGGCCACAGCCUCCGCGCCCCAAGGCCAGAGCUCGCAGCCGCAGUCCUCGCAGUCCAUGCUGGAUCAGCAGAGGGAGAUGGCCCGGAAGCGGGAGCAGGAGCGGAGGCGCAGGGAGGCGAUGGCAGCUACGAUCGACAUGAAUUUCCAGAGCGACUUGUUGGCAAUAUUCGAAGAGAACCUUUUCUAAUGGCGCCUCGUUUCCUCCUGACUCUUUCGAAACCACCCCCCUGACCCCCCCCCGGGCAAAAA